UGAGUAUUGUAAUCGGAAUACCCAGCAUUAGACGUCCUGUGGGAAUUUAUGUACUCAACACACUGGAAUCGCUUUUCAAGGGCAUGAACAAUGCCGAGAAGAAAGAUACCCUGUUUAUUCUGAGUAUUGCCGAGCCAUGGAAUGAAACAUACAUUAACGAACUAUUGCCACAACUACCUGAAUUUCCCACAGAGAUAUCACAAGGACUGCUGGAUAUCAUCGUUCCCAGGGCUGAGUUCUAUCCAAAUCUCGACAGUCUAAAGCUGACAUUAGGAGACGAUAGAGAGCGAGUCAAAUGGAGAUCGAAACAGAACCUUGACUAUGCAUUCCUAAUGCUGCAUGCCUGGAGCAGGGGCAAAUAUUACUUGCAGCUUGAAGACGACAUUAGAGCAGUCCCUGGCUACAUUACUUCAAUGAAAGAGGCAAUAGCAAAGACUUACUGGCCUUGGUUCUCGAUUGAAUUUUCAACUUUGGGUUACAUAGGUCGACUGUUUAAAUCUGAGGACACUGUCAAGAUGAUGGAGUUUUUGCUGAUGUUUUACUCCAGUAAACCUUGCGACUGGUUGUACGAUGAUUACCUGCAGGUGAAAAUGUGUGGCCAUGGCGAGAAAUGGUCAAAAUGCAUGCAAAAAGUUCACAAGGUUGCCCGGUCUAUAAGGCCUUCAUUGUUUCAACACGAAGGGUUAAGAUCAUCGUUAGGAGGCCAUAUUAAUAAACUCAAGGAUAAAGAAUUUGGAAAUCGGUCACCAGAUAUAACAUCCAAUCCGCCGGUAGACAGCAUCAUCACAACACUUCAGACAUACUCAAAAUAUGAUAUCUAUUCUGCCUAUGAUGGCCAGGGCUUCUUCUGGGGAGGCAAUCCAAAAGAAGGGGAUUUGAUAGACUUUUUAUUUGACUCUCCUGUGGCGUUAUCCAAGGUUCAUAUUGUGACUGGAAGUAAAGAACACCCAAGCGAUAUUUUACGAAAUGCAACUCUUGAAAUCCUCCCAGUUGAAAUGCCACCGAAGCCUUCACAGAUUUUUAGAAAGAUGCUAGAGCCAAAGAAUACACCACAGCAAAAGUUGGCAUAUGAGGAGAGACAAAGUAGCAACCCUGAUUUAUACAAGAUGUCAACAAAUGACACAUUCUUCGGUGUCAGCGAGUUUGACAAGGCUGGGAUAGCAUCAUUUAAUGUUUCAGAGGAAGCUGGAAAAAUAUGGGUGCUUCGUAUACAUAUACAUGCACAGUCCGAGACCUGGGUUCUCAUUCAGAGUCUGAGUUCAUGCACCUUAUUGGAAAUGCCUUACAACAAAUAA